AUGCAGUAUCCGCAGUUCAAACGACCCCGUAUUGGGUCGUCUUCAGCUGAAGUUGCGUCUUUUUCUAAUGCCUCUAUUGGGGCUUCCUCAGUCACGCGUCGACAGACUUCUCAUCGGAACACGCUGCUGCGUUCCAGAGCCGCAGUGGCUGCUCUUAGUAACGCGCCUACUGGUUUAGUUGGUUUUCCUAAUGUUGGUUUGCAAUCCCCUGAUUAUGUUGAUAUGGGGUCAUGUACAGAGGUAUGUGAGUACUAUGGUGCUCUUUUUUGGUUUGAGGAGCGGUUAACGUCUUUCCCAAUAAGUGGUCGUCCGCGGUAUAAUCGUUGUUGUCGGGGUGGUAAAAUUGAAUUGCAAUACCCAUCUCAACCACCGGAUUUGUUAAGAAAUCUGUUUUCAGAUGCUCAAUUUAUGUCGAAUAUUCGCGCUUACAAUGCCAUGUUCUGUAUGACUUCGUUUGGUGCUAUUGUGGAUGAUGCAAUAAACCAAGGUGGUGGCCCCUACGUGUUCAAAGUUUCCGGCCAGGUUUCACACUGGUUGGGUUCUCUUUGCCCGUCUCCCGGUGAUGGACCCCGUUUUUUGCAAAUGUAUGUUUUCGAUAGUGAACAUGAGGUUGCCAACAGGCUGCGGUUUUUCCCUGCUAUUGACUCACACGGUCCUGUAGCAGAAACUGUUGCUGCAAUUUCUCAGAUGUUGGAUGAUGUAAAUCCAUAUGUUCGCCUGUUUAGAUCCGCAAGGGAAUUAUGUUCGCGGACAGAGAUCCCAGAUUUUGAAAUCAGGCUUCAUAGUCGCGUUCGCGACAACCGUUAUGCCACCCCUACGUCACAUACUCUUGGUGCCAUUGUCUGUGAUAAUAGUCAAUUAUCGGCGGAUUUUGAUGUUAUUAUUAAAAGUAAAGAUAACAUCCCGCAUAGGGUAAGCAAACUGCACCCAUCUUACAUGCCCUUGCAGUACCCACUCCUUUUCCCACGUGCAGAACAAGGUUGGUCGCCUGAUCUUAGGCUCACCGGAACUGUAAGCGUACUUCCUGAUGAUCAAAUGUCUGAUGACCGUAAAUUAACACCAAUAAUGUUUUAUGGUUACCAAAUGCAUGAUCGUGAGGACGUGUAUACCCACAUACUUAGAGCAUCCAGGCUGUUACAACAGUAUUUGGUUGAUGCUUACGUCUGUGUAGAACAUUGUCGCCUAGAAUACUUUAGGGCCAACCAAGAUGAAUUCCGAUGUGAGUUUUUGCAAGGUGUUCAUGACGCAAUUUCGAGAGGGGAUACCGAGGCGCGUAGCAUAGGAAAACGUGUUAUAUUACCUUCUUCAUUCACGGGCGGGCCAAGGUAUAUGUAUAAGCACUAUCAGGAUGCGCUCGCAAUAUGCCGUGUGCAUGGUAAUCCGCAGUAUUUCAUCACAUUUACGUGCAAUGUUCGCUGGCCCGAAAUAACAAGAGAGAUCAAUCGUGUGGGUGCCGCUAAUGCGCAAGAUAGGCCUGACAUCAUCGCUAGAGUCUUCCAAAUGAAGGUGCGCACGUUUGUUAAACAUUUGCGAAAAAAGAAACCAUUUGGAGAUGUCACUGCAGAUCUAUACACAAUUGAAUUUCAAAAAAGAGGCUUACCACAUUGUCACACACUUUUAUGGGUGUCCAAUGCAUAUAGUAUUCGCAAUGCAGAACAAGUUGAUCACUAUAUAUCGGCUGAACUUCCUGAUCCUGUUCUUAAACCGGUUCUGUAUAGGAUUGUCACUGAUUGCAUGUUACAUGGCCCAUGUGGUUUAGUGCGUAUGGGUUCCCCUUGCAUGAAAGAUGGUGUCUGCAAAAAGAGUUUCCCCAAACCUUAUGAAGAUGUGACGCGCUUUGAUAAUGCAGGUUACGUACAUUAUAAGAGGUCGUCGACGUGUGAACCGUUUCUAAAAAACGGCGUUCCUCUAGACAACGGAUAUGUUGUUCCGUACAAUGAAAAUCUGUUAAUGCAUUUUGAUGCGCAUAUAAACGUAGAGUAUUGUGGUUGGACUAUGCUUAUCAAAUACUUAUUCAAAUACAUCUCCAAAGGUGCUGAUCGUAUUCAGUUUGCGUUAACACGUGAUAGACAUCGUGGAGAUAAUGAGGCAGCUGACAUCCCGGAGGUCGUAGACGAGAUAAAAAAUUAUACGGAUGGCCGAUUCAUAUGUCCACAUGAGGCAAUGUGGAGGAUAUUUAGUUUUCCAAUACAUCACAGAAAUCCCCCGGUUCAAGUUUUAGCUGUUCACUUGGAAGGAAAGCAAAACCUUACUUUUAGACAGUCGCAACGACUUUUGGAUAUUGCUAGCAAUUCAAAUACCGGUAAAACAACCUUAACAGAAUGGUUUGUGAGUAAUGCCAAUGAGAUAUCCGACGGGGGUAACUCUGGUUUGUCGGGUGUUAACCUACGGUACAUUGAUUACCUAUCAAAGUACCGUUGGGAUACAUCAUCAAAAAAAUGGAUACAAAGAAGAAGUAAAAGGGAGCCAACAAUCGGUAGGCUUACAUAUGUGCAUCCAACAUGUGGAGAACUAUUUUAUUUAAGACUUCUACUUAAUUUUCAAAGGGGAUGUUGUUCCUACGCAGAUGUACGUACAGUAUCAGGGAUUGUAAUGCCAACAUUUAGAGAAGCGUGUGAAAGGCUUGGCUUGAUCGGAGACGACAAAGAAUGGGCCACCACUAUUGAAGAGGCUGCCGAAUGGGCAACAGCUGCUGAACUAAGGUCUCUCUUUGUUUGCAUGCUCCUUCACUGUGAUGUUUCAAAUCCUCGCAGAUUGUGGGAAGCAAAUUGGAGAUGUAUGUCUGAUGACAUAAACCGUAGUAUAAUCCUUGCAGUUACCACCAAUUCAGGCGUUAUAGACGAUCAGGAUCUACAACAAUAUGUACUACAGGAAUUGGAAACUCUUCUUAAUACAAACUCAACUUCAAGUUCAUUAGUUGAGUUCGGUCUACCAAUGCCGGAUGCUUCUGUGGUUUCAGCACUUGGGAACAGCCUUCUUUUAGAAGAGAAAAGCUACGACAGAGACGCCUUACGCGCUGAACACACCAGUCUCCACGCAGGCCUUCGGCCAGGACAGCUAGCUGUAUACAACGCAGUCAUGUCUUCAAUUGAGAAUGGAACUCAAAGUCUACUGUUUGUUUACGGUCAUGGUGGAACAGGAAAGACAUACUUGUGGAAAACAAUCAUUGCAUGUCUUAGAUCAAGAGGUGAAAUUGUACUUGCUGUCGCAGCAUCAGGCAUCGCAUCAUUGUUGCUUCCAUCUGGCAGGACUGCACACUCUAGAUUUAAAAUCCCCUUGGAACUAACUGAAGAAUCAGUUUGUUACAUAAAGAAGAAAUCAAACCUAUGUAAUUUGCUUUUGCAAACCACUCUAAUAAUAUGGGACGAGGCUCCAAUGAGUGAUCGCAGAUGUUUUGAAUCCCUUGAUAAGACACUCAAGGAUUUAACAUCAAAUACUUCACAAUUUUUUGGCGGAAAAUCAGUUUUGCUAGGAGGCGACUUCAGGCAAACCUUGCCAGUAAAACCCAAAUGCACGAAAGCCGAGGUUAUCGCGUCUUGCCUACCCAGUUCAUACUUAUGGAAACAUCUUACUGUUUAUAAGCUCACUGAAAACAUGCGCAUAGAAUCUAUUUCAAGAACCUCAGCCACAGGAGCACAGUUGCAGAAUUUUUCAGAAUGGCUCCUAAGAAUAGGAGACGGGAAAGAAGGUGUCGUUGUGGAUUUUGAAGAACCUGACAUCAGAAAAAUUGAAAUACCACCUGAAUUCAUACUGAAGGACCCUAAUGAUGGCCUUCAUAAUCUGGUUUCUUUCAUCUAUGAUGCUCAUUUACUGGCAAACCCGACACCAGCUGCAAUAUCAGAACGUGCUAUUAUAUGCCCAAAAAACGACACAGUUGAGGAGAUAAAUAACUUGGUUCAUGCAAUGUCACCUGGGGAAUGCACUUCUUAUUUCAGCACUGAUUCAAUGGUUCCACAUUCAAACGAUGGCGGCGAGACAGAUGCUAUGUACCCGCCUGAAUACCUGAAUGUGCUUAAUUUCAACGGUAUACCCAGUCAUUGUUUACGCCUUAAACAAAAUAGCCCAAUCAUGUUAAUGCGUAACAUGGAUCAGAAAAACGGCCUAUGUAAUGGUACUCGACUUUUGGUAACACAACUGCUUCCACGAGUAAUCGAGGCCCGCAUUAUAACUGGAACGUCAGUUGGUAAGAAAGUAUACAUACCGAGAAUCAAUUUUGUGCACGACACCAAAGAUCUACCAUUUGUAUUUACACGUCGUCAAUUCCCGAUUAAAAUCUGCUAUGCAAUGACUAUCAACAAGAGUCAAGGACAGUCACUUAAAAAAGUUGGGCUCUACCUACCAGAGCCUGUUUUUAGUCAUGGCCAACUAUACGUCGCCUUAUCACGAGCUACCUCACCAAAUUCACUGAAAAUAUUCAUAUCAAAUAAGGCGGACGAACAGAACAACACAACAUUAAAUAUUGUUUACACAGACUUGCUAGAUGAGAUUAAUGCUUGA